AUGACUUCUACCAAUUCCACUACUACUACUACUACCAAUUCCACUACUACCGGCAAUAGUCCUCGGAACGGAACGACGGACGACGACGAUGACGAAUCGUCACGGUCGUCGAGUGCCUUACGGGACAAUAUUGCUCGCAAAGGAUCACACGCGUACUACUUUGCGCACGCGCACCAAGCGAACGGACCACAGUGGGACGGCCAACCGCAACCACGUUUACUCUCCCGUGGAUCAACGCUCACGUCCGAAACGUCGUCGUCGUCGCAUCAUUCCUCGACUGCUUCCAACAUUACCACGUACGCCUUUCACGACAACGGCAACAACGUCAAACUGUACGUCGCCCUGGAACACGUGGGAGAACGCUGUUCCGACGAAGAUAUUUCCCUGGACUAUACGGAAACCUCGCUUUCGUUGAUGGUGCGCAACUACCAACCCCAACCACAGUGUCUCCGGUUCGGGAAAUUGACCGCGCCCAUCCAAUCCGCCACGUGGAAAAAGAAGGAUCAUCGACUCAUUCUCACCAUUGUCAAACAGGAACCACGGGAAUGGCACACCAUUCACGAUACGGGAGCUCCCGAUCAUGAAGUUGUCUAAAGGUGUGCAAACUGUAGAGGUAGUAUGCACACGGUAGGUAUGGAGACGUACUACAUAUUUUGGUUGGUAGGUAGGUAGGUAGGCAAGUAGGUAGUUUGUAAGC